ACAGAUCUGAAGGAUCUGCGAAUUUGGGAUAUAAAGAGCAGGUAAAUCUUAAUGAAGCAGUUCACCGGACAACAACAUUGAGGAAAAAUGACACCUCUAUCUAUUCUUUUGUUUGUUGGUGUGUUUAUAGUGUCUGUACAUGGAGGUCUACUACCUACUUACAUCACAGCAUGCAAGGUGCAUUCUCCAGGCUUCAAGGAAUGUGCCAUAAAAAAUGGAAAUGCUGCAAUUCCAUCCCUAUCUAACGGUGACAAAAGGUUAGGCAUACCAACUUUCAAUCCUCUACUGGUACCGUUUAUAGAAUUUUCUUCUGGUAGUUUCAAAUUGAAUGGAACUGAUGUAGUGGUAUCUGGACUACCUAAAAUCACAAUUAAUGACAUGAAGGUGGAUACAGGGAAGAAAAAAUUCCAUCUCAAUGUGACUUGUCCUGAAAUAGUUUUGGAUCUCAACUAUAAUAUUGGCGGAAAAAUUGCAUCACUUCCAUUAGAAGGCCAUGGAAAAGGAAAAGUGGUGUUCUAUGAACCUAUCAUCAUCUAUGACUUCGAUUAUGCAGAAUAUGACAAAAAUGGAAACAAACAUUUGGAUUUGAAGAAAGAUCAUUUAGAUGUCUUCCCCACUAAGCUUUCACUUCAGCUUAAUAAUUUAUUCAACGGAAACAAAGCACUAGGGGAAUCCACGAAUAAACUCCUCAAUGAAAACUGGCCAGAAGUACUGGAUGAGUUUAGGCCUGCAAUAAACGAAAUUGUUGGAGCCAUCAUCAGGAGUGUACUCGUACCUUUAAGCAAAAAAGUUCCUCUCAACGAAAUUUUUACCGAUUACUAGUGUAUUAUUAGUCGAAUAGUAAUAAAUGUAAAUUGAAUUAUUCCAGCA